UCUAAGCAAAAGGCAAGGCCAAGUGGCCAAACCAUCAAAACAAAAGAUCAAAGAUUUUUUACUUAUAUAUAUAGAGCGGGAAUAUUUAAAGCUUAAAUUCUUCUAUCCAUCAACAACAAGAUCUCCAGUUUGUUGACCGUGUGGUCAACGUGAAUCUAAGACCUACUACUUUUUACUCUGCAGACCAGACCAGCUGCUUAUUUCUUGAAAACACUUUCUGGGUUUCGUCACUUAAUCUUUGAUUUCUCUCUAUAAGGCUGUUUAGCAAAAUUUGCUAUGGGAUAUAUAGGUGCUCAUGGUAUCGAUGAGUUGCGUAGACAUAAGUAUAGUGGAGUUGAUCACUCUUAUGUUGCAAAAUAUGUUCUACAACCGUUUUGGACAAAGUUUGUUACUUUCUUCCCUCUUUGGAUGGCGCCCAAUUUGAUCACACUUACAGGAUUCAUGUUUCUGCUCACCUCUGCAUUGCUUGGCUAUGUGUAUUCACCUCUUUUGGAUUCUCCUCCACCAAGAUGGGUUCAUCUUGCUCACGGAUUACUCCUCUUCUUGUACCAGACAUUUGAUGCUGUUGAUGGAAAGCAAGCAAGAAGGACAAAUUCUACUUCCCCAUUAGGAGAGCUUUUUGAUCACGGGUGUGAUGCACUUGCAUGUGCGUUGGAAGCCUUGGCUUUUGGGAGCACUGCUAUGUGUGGCAGAAAUACGUUUUGGUUUUGGGUGAUUUCAGCUAUUACAUUUUAUACCGCCACAUGGGAACACUAUUUCACGAACACUUUAGUCCUUCCAGUAGUAAAUGGGCCUACAGAAGGUCUCAUCGUCACAUAUAUGGCACAUCUAUUUACAGCUAUAGUUGGUGCAGAGUGGUGGGCACAGGAUCUUGGGAAAUCUAUUCCCCUCUUGAGUUCAGUUCCAUAUGUUAAUGGAUUUCCUACAAGCGAAGCUGCUUUGUAUUUUAUGAUAGCUUUUGGUGUUAUACCAACAGUUGCAUUCAAUGUGCAAACUGUUUAUAAGGUUGUACAGUCUAGAAAUGAAAGCAUGCUAAAAGCUUUGGCUAUGAAUUUCCCCUUUGCGACGUUACUAGUUGGAGUUUUGCUGUGGGAUUAUUUGUCUCCAAAUAAUUUAAUUGGGAACAACCCACAUAUCAUCAUUAUGGGAAUAGGGCUAGUAUUUGGAUUUCUUGUGGGAAGGAUGAUAUUGGCCCGCUUGUGUGAUGAACCUAAGGGAUUAAAGACUAGCAUGUUCAUGUCCUUGUUCUAUCUCCCGCUUGCGGUUGCUAAUUCACUUACUCCCUGGAUUAAUGAUGGAAUUCACUUGGUUGGUGAGAAAUGGGUUCUUCUCGGUUUCUUUGUAUACGCAGUUGCGCUUUAUAUGCACUUUGCAACAUCAAUCAUUCAAGAAAUUACAACAGCACUCGGAAUCUCUUGUUUUAGGAUCACAAGAAAAGUGGCUUGAGAAAUUUUCUUCUUCAUAGAGAUCCGUUUUCGUGACUUAUUUGCUUCACGCAAUGCAGAAUGCGUUCUGUGAAGCACGAACAUUCUGUUGAGACCUUUCGAUAUUUAUCAUUUGUUGCUAUAAAUGUAUUGAAUUUCUGUUUUCAGAAGAUUAGGUGCCCGCCUUAAUUAGGUUAAAACACUUGAACUGCUGUUUUAAGCUCCAUGUCAAUACAAUUCACUAAUUCAGCUAUUUGUCAAA